UUGUAUGUUGAUAGCAUUUUGCAUACCUACCUACCUACUGUAUUUGCGAUUAUCAGGAUUUAUGUUGGUUCUUUUCUCGAAAUUCUUUGUUUCAUUGUGUUAAUGUAAAAUAAUGUUCAAAAUUUAAUAAGAGUUGGCGCUUUUAAUUAAUUUUGCAUUCGAUAGUAUCUAGAUAUGGCCAUGUUUUAUGAAAAUGAUGAUGGAGCUGAUGGACAUUUCGACCCCCAAUUAUUUCAAGUUGUUAGACGCGAACUUUACGCAAUAAGUACAGAUUUCAAUACAACUCAUUAUAAUGUUUAUGCAGGUGUGCCUACUCAUACUGAAGAUGGAAUACCGAUCAGAAAGUUGUAUGUGUCCAAUCUACCACCAAAGACUACACGCACAGAGCUAUUUGGUAUAUUUGCUCAAUAUGGUUUUAUUAAAAGUUGCUGGUUAAGAAUGGGAGACAAAGGACCUAACAAAGUACCAACACCUACUUAUGCCUUCGUUACAUAUAGUGAUCCAGCUCAUGCUCACAAAGCACUGACGGCGCCACUUUAUGAAAAAAUACUUCGUGGGCGACAUCUCAGAAUUUCACCAGCUGACAGUUGGCAUCAGCCUGCUGAAGAUACUGAUGGGAGGGUGCGCUGGAAGCCCCGUGGUGAAUCCGGAGACAUUGUGCCUACUCUGAAACAGAAUGAAUCAGAACAAAAUACAGAAGAGUCUGAACAAACAGAAACAGUUGAAAAUGCAGAAAAUACAGAAAGCACUUCAAAGAAUACUGAAGAGGAAACCGAAGAUGAUUCAUACAAUAUGUUGGAUGUUCUCAAUAGAGAUUGCCUGACGCAAAUACUUGGUUAUGUUCCUAUUGUAGAUCUUAUACGAUCCGAAAGAGUAAGCAAAAAAUGGCAAAACAUGGUUCAUGAAUAUUUACAGGGUAUUCGCACAUUCAAGACGUCAUGGUGGCAACAUGCGGGUAUGAAACUAACGACGGCGGUUUUGAGACGCGUAUUGCAACGCUUCGGCAGCUCGCUGCUUCGUCUGCAUAUUGACCAUCAUUGGUCUGCCCUUAACGAUCGCACUGCUCACACUGUUGGCAAGUUCUGUCCCAACCUGGAAGAGGUUAAAGUGGUUGGAAUGCACACAAAGAAUUGGAACCCAUUAAUUUAUGGUUGCAAGCAACUUAAAUGUAUCUCAUUCAUUUCCUGCAAUAAGCUCACAGAUUCAAGUUUGGUCCAUGUGGUAAAAAAUGAUACAAGUAUAGAAAAGCUGACUGUUACUCAUAACACCCAUGUGACUGGACUGUUCCUUACAGCAUCUCAACCACUGAAAUUAACCUCACUCUCUUUUUAUAACUGCUAUAGCUUACAAGGCACAGUGCUCAGUUCAGCCAUGGUCACUUUACCAAAUCUCACCACUCUGAAACUAGAUGUGUGUCCGGUCACAAUGUGGAAAAUAAUACCUUUAAUUCUAAAUAAACUACCGCAAUUAGAAGAGCUUUCACUCAGCGAAUAUACCUCAGUAGGAGAAUGCUUAACACCAAUGGGUAAUGAAGCAUUUUGCGAAUCGAUUGCCAAUUUAACUGAACUGAAGAGGCUGAAUUUAAGUCGGAAUAUAUACAUUAAUAACGCGGUAUUGAAGCAAGUGGCACAGACUUGUCAAAAGCUAGAAUCUCUCAAUAUUUCUAGUUGUAAUUCAAGAAAGAGCUUUUCGUAUCCAGGUGUAGGUGACGAGGGUUUGAUAGCCGUGUGUAGUGCUUGCACAUCUAUUUCGUUCCUGAACGUAUCGUACCUUGCGGCGGUGAGCGACGUGGGUAUGGCGGCCAUUGCUAAACUAAAGCGUCUCCAAACGCUCAUAUCGCGAGGAAAUUCUACCAUCACCGCGUCGCCUUUCACCGCUAUACUGAAUAAUUGUCAUUACCUCGAAGAGAUAGAUCUGUGCGGAUGCGACAGUGUGACGGAGGAGGUUAUAUCGCCGGCAGCGAAGAUGUUGGACGCGCACCCGAGGCUCCUGGUACUGCGACUGGCUGGAACUUCGGCCUGCGCUGAUGGCACAUCUAUCUUGAUUGAUAAUCCAACACACAAACUUUUGGCUGUCAACCUACAUGAAGACCUUAGCAAUCCUCACAUGCGUCCCGACUUUGUGGACAGGGUGUUUGAGGACAGCUCAGAUGAAUCAUUUGAUGAUCUUUAUGAUCAUGAGGACUUUAAUGACAUCAUUGGACAUAUGCUGUCAUCUGAUGAGGAACUCUACUUGGAUGAGGAUUUGGUGGACUAUGAUGGCGUCUUUGAAUAUGGACUCCAUGAUAACAUUAUACUGUUUUAACACACUGCCAUUUACCAUUAACGCAAUCAAAAUCAUUAUGUAUACAUUGGAUAAAUAUAGUGCGUCCAAGAAAAAUGCCAAUGCCAAUAUUCAUUCAUUAUUAUAUUUUUGAGAUAAAUGGUCAGUUUUCUUGUUCAUUUGUUUUAAGUUUGUUUUUCUAAUCUUUUGUUUUUUUUUAGGAAUAAUAUGUUAUGCUUUCAGAAGAGAACUGAUAUAUUUUGUUUUAAUUGUAGUUAUAUCAUACAUUCAUUAGACUAUAGUUAAUAAAAUAGAAACAUUGUUGAUACUUAUCUGUGAUGUAAAAUUGUUGCUGUGAAAUGCAAUAUUUUAAUAAUUGGUUUCUUUUACUGUACAUGUUAACUUAAGAUUAUUAUUUAUUCAAAAAUAUCACGUCUAUAAUAACGAUAGUAAGCAAAGUCUGAAAUAUUGUGAUAGAAAAUGUUUUCAUGUACCUUUCUAUUAUUUUUCACAAUACUGGUAUCGUUUUGUAUUUGUAUAGUGUAAAUUCAAUGUUAACGUAGCUUACGAAUCAGCUUUAAUUAAAGAAGCUUGGGGUGUUCAUAUACAAUUCAUUUAAAAGCACAACCAUUUUAAAGAUGUAACAAUAUUGAUAAGGUUUAUUAUCCUAUAUUAUAUUGUUGGAGUAUGUUGUAGAACGUGUAUUUGAAAUUUAUGAUAUGUAUCAUUAGGUAUAUUAUUGGUUCAAUGGUAACAUUCAACUAUGAUAACACUCAACUUACUGCUUUGGCUGUUUUAAAAAGCAUCAAAAAAUAAAUUUACUUGUAAAUGUUUUAUUUUUUCAGUGGUGUGACUUGAAUACAACACACCAUCCCUCUCUUAAUUUCUAGUUAUUUUAGUGUGGUUUUCCUUGUUUUUAGUAUUGCAAUUUUUUCCUUUAUAUGAGUUCAAGUUUGUUGUUUAUUUUUAUACUCUGAAUUGAUUUUCUCAUUAUGAAUGCAAUCAUUAAAAUAUACUUUGUUUUGUAUACGUUUUUAGAAGAAUCUAACUUAAUUUAUUAGUUUAGUUAUUUGCUUAAGGGCACUUCAAAUAUUCAUAUUAGUUUUUGUUAACUUUUUACAUGUGCACAGUAAUCAAUAAUUAAUCAUUAUUUUAUAAGUCUGGAAUUUAUAAAAGUUAAUAUUACUGCAAGGAUCCAGGCUAUAAUAACUGUUUCAAAUUUAAUUGAAAUUAUUUCAAACGAAACAGUUAUUCCAUGGACCUGUUGUUAUUCUGUAUAGCAAUAAAAAUCAAUAUUAUCAGACAACAAAAAAAAAGUGUGUGUACUUAUGAACACGCGUUAGAAGACUUCUUUGGUGUAUGGAAAAUUGAAAAACUACUAGAAUAUACAACUUGAAUAUAGUUAACAAUUUUUAUACCACCUAGAACUAACUUCAUGCUGUUAAAUUUAGGUGUCGGUGUGUGUGCGCAUCGUAAAAAUUCACUCUCAUCAUUUUUCUUCAUCGCGCCAAAAGAAGUAUAACUUCAAAAGGCUUACAUAUAACUUUCUGAAAAUACCUGAAUAAUAAAUUAUAAAACUUCUAAAACAUAUUAUGUUGAAUUGAAUAAAAAUCUGAAAUUCAUUCAUCAUAUCAUAUUAUGCUUAUUUAAUAAUAAAUACUAUACAUCUCUAAUUCAUUAUUUUAUUGUGCAUAUGUGAGAAGGCAAUUAAAAACAUUUAUACAUAAACUAUAAAGAUUGAUUGAGAAAGAAAAUAUGUUUUUUUUUUUUGUAUUGAUUCAUUAAAAUAGGUUAUUUUGUUAUAUUCACAUUUGAUUUUCUUAAAAGGAUAAUUUUUAUUUCAAAUAAAUAGAAAAAGUUUGAGCUUAAUUUUUUGUGGAAUAACAUCACUUAAUACUUUUAGAUUUUAGACUAGUUAACAAGUAAUUCUUAUGAUGUUGAAUAUUAUCCAAUGCCUUACACAUAAAACAUAAGGGUUUGUAUUAAUAAUUAAACAGUGGAUCAAGUAUAGUAUUAAUGAUUGCUUGUUUUAGACUUUUGUUUUAGCAUAGAUUUUGCAUGAGGUGAUUUGCAAGAUGAUCUUAUUUUAUAACGAUCACUUAUUAAGAUUCAAUAGAGAAAGAAAGAAAUAAAACAUUUUCUUUAA